AUGAACCAGCCCAUGAAGCAAGUCCUUCAGAAGACGGACAUUGCGGGCAGGAUGGUUCAAUGGGAAAUAGAACUCUCCGAGUUUGACUUGAAAUACGAAGCCCGAACGGCAAUAAAAGCGCAAUGCCUCACCGACUUCCUAGCAGAAUACACGGGAGAUCAAGAGAAAAAAUCCACUACAUGGGAGUUAUAUGUAGAUGGGUCCUCCAAUAAGGUUGGAAGCGGGGUAGGCAUAAUAUUGGUCAGCGAAGGAGGAACACAAAUCGAAGUUUCCCUCAAAUUCGAGUUCCCAGCUUCCAACAAUCAGGCAGAAUAUGAAGCCUUGAUUGCAGGGUUAAAGCUAGCAGAAGAAGUCGGUGCAACCAAAGUAAGGAUAUUCAGCGACCCUCAGGUGGUGACCUCCCAAAUAAACGGAGAGUAUCAGGCCAAAGAUCCCAACAUGAAAAAAUACUUGAACAAAACCUUGGAGUACCUUAGGCACUUUAAAGAGACCGAGGUAAAGCAUAUAACUCGGGACCUCAACAGCAGGGCAGACGCCCUCUCCAAGCUAGCAAGUACUAAAUCAGGAGGGAACAACAGAAGCCUGAUUCAAAAAACUCUCCCUGAACCCUUUGUGGACAAAACGGAGGCUGUUCAAGACGUCUUUGAAAUCACCGGGUUAGACCUCGGGUGGAUGAAGCCCUUAAUCGAAUUCCUGAAAUUUGACAUCCUCCCCAAAGAAGAAAAAGAGGCCAAGAAAAUCCGGAGGGAAGCACAAAAUUACACGCUGUUGAAAAAUAUCCUCUAUAAAAGGGAGAUAUCAGCACCACUAUUAAAGUGUGUCCCGACCUCAAAGACAAUUGAGGUACUAGAGGAGGUGCACAAUGAAAUCUGCGGGAAUCAUCUUGGAGCAAGGUCGUUAGCUAGAAAGUGGAUAGAAGCAGAACCAUUGGCCACUAUCACCGCUCAGAGAAGUCGAAAGUUCCUCUACAAGAACAUCAUCACCAGAUAUGGGGUACCCCACUCCAUCACCACUGAUAAUGACACUCAAUUCACCGACUCAACCUUCAAAAACCUGGUAGCCAGUAUGAAAAUCAAACAUCAAUUUACAUCGGUGGAACAUCCACAAGCAAAUGGACAAGCCGAGGUAGCAAACAAGGUCAUACUGGCAGGGUUGAAGAAAAGGUUAUAG